UCCCUCCCUCGUCUCGCGGCGCCCGGGGCGCGGUGCGCGGGCCCGGCCCGGGGCUGGGCGGACAUGGGCGCGAAGCAGAGCGGCCCGGCAGCCGCCAACAGCCGCACCCGCGCCUACUCGGGCUCGGAUCUUCCUUCCAGCAGUGGUGGAGGAGCUGACGGGGCCGCCGGCGGCGCCGGCGGGGCUCGGGCCGGGGCCGCGGGCAGGUUUCCGGCCCCAGAGUCAGGCGCGCACCCCUCAGGCGCUUCGGGCGGCGCGGCGGCGGCGGCCCCGCGGAGUCGCUCCCUCGGCGGGGCAGCGGGUAGCGGGGCUGCGGGAGCCCGCGCCGCGCACUCCUCGGUGAGCAUCCCCGGCGGCGGCGGCGGCCCCUACGGUUCGCAGGACUCGGUGCACAGCAGCCCGGAGGACCGGCCGCCGGGUGGGGGCCCCGGCGGGCCGCGCCUGGUGAUCGGCUCCCUCCCAGCGCACCUCUCACCGCACAUGUUUGGAGGAUUUAAGUGCCCUGUAUGCUCAAAAUUUGUACCCUCAGAUGAAAUGGAUUUACAUCUUGUGAUGUGUUUAACAAAGCCAAGAAUAACCUAUAAUGAGGAUGUGCUGAGUAAAGACACUGGGGAAUGUGCAAUAUGCCUUGAAGAAUUACAGCAGGGAGACACAAUAGCACGACUGCCUUGCCUGUGCAUAUAUCAUAAAGGGUUUUCUUGUCUUUUCAAGAUGCUUGAAAAUAUAGAGGAUUUGAAGAUCUGUCUCUGGACAAACAAAAUUGCAGGUUUACUCAGCCAGAACUCUGAGUUCUGUGAAAGUGGGUAAUACAAAAAUGGACAGUGGCACAGGAAAAUAUCCUGCUGAGUAGAGGGACGGUCACAUAGAACUCAGUUCACCAAACUUGCAUAAAAGGACACACAGGGAUUUUGAAAAUGCUGCACAUCCCUUAACAGACAUCCACACCAAUAAUCCUGAUAAACAUUUUGUAUUCAGACGCCAAAGUUAACUGAUUUAAAAGUUGAUUUACUUUUUAAGUUCUCUAGGGCUCAAAACUAGCUGUGUUUUCAUUUGUUUUGUUUGCUUAGUUUGGGGUCUCUUUAUUUUCCCCAACAUGAUGUUUCUGCAUUCAUCUCCUUAAAUUGAAAACUACGUAAUUUACUCCUUAUAAAGUCUUCAAUGUGAAACCAAGAAGUGUAAUCAAGCAGUAAAACAUUGUCUGGAUGGAGACCAUGAUCUCAAGUUAUUCCAUUUUCUCCAAGUAUGGAAAAUAGACUUCUGCAUAAGAAAGCUAAAAUGUUAAUAUUUUUACAUUAGAGGCUUAAUAUUACCAGAAUGCCAUCCAAAGAAUAAAUCAAGUUACAUAAUUACAUUUUAAUUAAAUGUAGAAUUGUCUACUGAAUUGCAGUUUAUGAAAUAUAUUGUUUCCUCUUAAAUAAAACUGCUCAACAGCUAAUUAGCAUUGAAUCAUCGUGAGCUAUGCAACUUUAAAAAAGAUAUAAAUUACCAAUUUUAAGUGCUGCCAGCUAUAAUAACUUUAACGGGUAUUUUUUGGUUUGUUCUUUUCAUGUAAUUAUUAUUCUGCUUUGCAUCUCCAGGCAUUUUUCCCACAUUUGGGUUUAGCAUGUUAUAACUUUCACAACUUAUAGUAAGGGUAAAAUAAACUUUUCUGGAGUGGAACUUGGAAUAAUUGGAGGGAUUUUUAUAUAUUUUAAAAAUCAGAAUUUAAUUGAGAUGCCAGAUUUAUAGCAAAUUUGCAUCUUUAAUUUUUCCAGAUAAUCUGGAAGUUAGUAUUUUUAAAACAAUUUUUAAAGCAAAUACAAAGGUUUUGUUAAUUUAUAAUUUAUUAAUGUGUUACUACUGUAAUUGAAAACAUUACAAAGACUUUAAAUUGAGUCUUGUAUGGAAAUGUAUUUAAAAUUAUGUGAAUAAAUAUUCCCACAAAAUACAUCUGAAUGGUUAAGAAUACUGGAAAAGGAUUAUCAGGGCUAUGAUAGUGAAUGUAUUUUUUUUUAACAUGAAAAUAUUUCCAAGAAGUCAAUUUCACAUUUUCAACAUAGGGAAAAUGUUAUCCAUGAGCAUUUAGGCACCUCCCUUGGUGUGAUUGACAGUUACACCAUGCUGGCUCCCUCAACAUAAUGAGGUAUUUGCUGUUUGAUUUAAAGCUGCUACACACACACAUACCAUCCACCACACCACACUACACCACAAACCCCCAGCCUGUUCCCCCUGCUGUUGUUUCUGUUUCCUACAAUGUAAGUACAGAAGCAGCAGCUGUACCCGGACACAUUUAUGUAAUGCUUCAUAAUCAUUCUUAAUGGAAUUUUUAGUUAUUUCCUUUGUGAUUUAGAUAACAUUUUCCCUGAAGUUAUGCUGUGAAAUGCUUUUUGGUACACUGCAAUUGCUGAAAGAAUCCAAAACCUCCAUUGUGACAGCUGACAGCACAGUUUCUUAGGUGCUUUUUUUUGGAAAAAAAAAAAAAAACAGUUAUGGAAAUUUAUUAUUCUUUCAAGAGAAAUAUAUUUUCCUUAAAAUUUUUUAGUUAUGAAAUUAUCAUUUGAAUUUGUUUUAUUUCAUACUCAUUUUCAGUUUUACAAGCUUUUUACCCCUUUCUCAUAAUUCCUGAAGGAAAAACCUCUUGGAAUGUGAAUAAUUUGUUUUCUACUGUAUAUUGUGAUUAAAAAUUACUUGGUUGUCUUCCA